GGGUGAGGAAGGGGCAUUCGCACCGGGGCUGGGCGGGCACACCCAGAGCCAGACGGGCAGGGACCCCUGCUCAGCCGUCCCGCGCCCGCGUGUCCCUAGCGCGGAAAGGACGCCCGGCCAGCCUCGCCGCCCCCUCCCCCUGGAUUCCCUCCCCGCCCCUCCCCCCUGCCUGCCUUCCUGCCUGCACCACCUUCCACCCAGAUCGUCUCUAAAGGGAGUUCUUGGCUUCCUCUGGUUUCUUAUGAACCCAGGAUGGGCAGCAAGGAAGAUGCGUGCAAGGGGUGUCCGGCGGCCGGUGGCGUCUCCAGCUUCACCAUCCAGUCCAUCCUGGGAGGGGGCCCCUCGGAGGCACCGCGGGAGCCCGCCGGCUGGCCGGCCAGGAAGCGCAGCCUGUCUGUGUCCUCGGAGGAGGAGGAGCCGGACGACGGCUGGAAGGCGCCCGCCUGCUUUUGCCCAGACCCGCACGGCUCCAAGGAGCCGGGCCCCAAGCACCACCCCCCAGUCCCUUUUCCCUGCCUGGGUACCCCCAAGGGCAGCGGAGGCACGGGGCCGACGGGCUCGGAGCGCACCCCUUUCAUCUCUCCUUCGCACCCGGACUUUAAGGAAGAAAAAGAGAGGCUCUUGCCCGUGGGUUCGCCCUCGCCGGGGCCGGAGCGGCCACGGGACAGCGGCGCCGAGCGGCAGGCGGGCGCGGCCAAGAAGAAGACGCGCACGGUCUUCUCGCGCAGCCAGGUGUACCAGCUCGAGUCCACCUUCGACAUGAAGCGCUACCUGAGCAGCUCGGAGCGCGCCUGCCUUGCCUCCAGUCUGCAGCUCACCGAGACCCAGGUCAAGACUUGGUUCCAGAACCGCCGCAACAAGUGGAAGCGGCAGCUCUCAGCCGAGCUGGAGGCGGCCAACCUGGCGCACGCGUCGGCGCAGACUCUGGUGGGCAUGCCGCUGGUGUUCCGGGACAGCUCGCUGCUGCGGGUGCCAGUGCCGCGCUCCCUCGCCUUCCCCGCGCCGCUCUACUACCCGGGCGGCAACCUCUCGGCCUUACCUCUCUACAACCUCUACAACAAGCUCGACUACUGACCGGCCCGCUGGCCCCGCGCCGCCCGCAGCCGUCCGCAGAGCCGGGCGCGCGAUGCACCCUUCACAGGGCUCCGGAGCGAGGCGGCGUGUUUCCAGAAAUAUGAAGAAAUACACCAUGUGUAUUCAUUA